CGGCCCCAGUCGACUGCGGGCUGUCUCCCGCGCGGCUGGGACGUCCGCGCUCCGUGCAGGGAAGCGGGUGCUGCGGGCGUGGGUACCGCGCACGCGUGGGGAGCGGCCCCCGGAGAGCGCGCGCCGGCAGGACUGCGGCCUAGCGCCGCGUGGCGACAGGUGUUCUGGGUCGUCCCUGUCACGUGGCCGAGGAGUCCGGCUCGCCCGGCACCUAGAGGGGGCGGGGCCUGCAGGCCACACCUCCUUCGGUCUAGGACCUGAGGGCGGGGGCGUGGCCAAAGAGGCGUACCUUGGUCUCAGCUGAGGAGGGCUGGGGAAGGGUGUUGGGCACCCCUCAAAUUAGGGGAGGAAUAGGGGAACACCCACCCUCGUACUACCAUGGCAGUAAGGAGGGUGGCGUCCCUGGGUACGGAGGCCUUCGAGGAGAUGGAGGUGAUUGGGAUUUCUGGGGGGAGCCCCAGAUCCGAGCUUGAAAGGAUGAAGGCAGGUAAAUGAUCUCAGAGGGCCUUGGGGUCUGGUCCUGGCCGACCUCAGAUUGCAGCGAGCGCCUAGGCGAGCCCCAGUCCUUCUCCCAUCUGCCCGGUCCUCGAGGGGCCAGCCAGGGCGCGAGGCCUCACAUCCCUGGCCUGCCGCAGAAUGGGCCUGUCGGCUGCAACCCGGUUGUGGGGCCCGCCGGGACUGCUCCUGACCUUCGCACUGCACCCAGCUUUAUGCUCGCGCCCGGCCCCGAACUCGGGGCCACCGCACCGGGACUACUGCGUCCUGGGCGCUGGGCCCGCUGGCCUGCAGAUGGCCUACUUCCUGCAGCGGGCCGGGAGGGACUACGUGGUGUUCGAGCGCGCCCGGCGGCCCGGCAUCUUCUUCACGCGCUUCCCACGCCACCGCAAGCUCAUCAGCAUCAAUAAGCGGCACACGGGCAAGGCCAACGCCGAGUUCAACCUCCGCCACGACUGGAACUCUCUGCUCAGCCACGACCCCCGGCUGCUCUUCAGACACUACUCCAGCGCCUACUUCCCCGAUGCGGGCGACAUGGUGCGCUACCUGGGUGACUUCGCAGACAGGCUGGGGCUCCGGGUGCUGUACAACACCACCAUUGCCCACGUCACUCUGAACAAGGAUCGGCAGGCAUGGAAUGGCCAUUACUUCAUCCUGAUCGACCAGAUGGGCCAUGCACACCGGUGCAGCGUCCUUCUGGUAGCCACCGGUUUGUCAGUCCCCAACCAGGUCGACUUCCCGGGCUCCGAACACGUGGAGGGUUAUGAGUCUGUGUCCGUGGACCCCAAGGACUUUGAGGGUCAGAACGUGCUGAUCCUGGGGCGGGGAAACUCGGCCUUUGAGACGGCAGAGAACAUCUUGGGUGUCACCAACUUCAUCCACAUGCUGAGCCGCUCCCGCGUCCGGCUGUCCUGGGCCACCCACUACGUUGGAGACCUCAGGGCCAUCAACAACGGCCUGCUGGACACCUACCAGCUGAAGUCCUUGGACGGGUUGCUCGAGUCCGACCUGACGGAUCUGGCCAUCGUGAAGGACCGUGAAGGCAAGUUCCGCGUCACCCUGAGGUUCUUCCUGGAGGAAGGCAACCAGAGUACCGACGCCAUCACCCUCCCCCAGGACGACAAUGACAACUUCGCCAUGCGUGUGGCCUACGACCGGGUCAUCCGCUGCCUGGGCUGGAACUUUGACUUCUCCAUUUUCAACAAGUCCCUCCGACUGUCUUCCGGGGGUGAGUUCAGCAAGAAGUACCCCCUGGUCAAAGCUAGCUAUGAGUCCAAAGGAAGCCGGGGUCUCUUUGUCCUGGGUACCGCCAGCCACUCAGUGGAUUACCGGAAGUCUGCCGGGGGCUUUAUCCAUGGAUUCCGAUACACAGCGCGUGCCGUCCACCGCCUGCUGGAGCAGCGCCACCACGGCGUCGCCUGGCCCUCCACCGAGCACCCCAUCUCCCAGCUGACGAGCUCCAUCAUCCGGCGCAUCAACGAGGCUUCUGGGCUCUACCAGAUGUUCGGCGUGCUGGCUGACGUCGUCCUGCUGAAGGAGAACGCCACCGCCUUUGACUACCUGGAGGAGUUCCCCGUGCAGAUGCUGGCCCAGCUGGAGACCAUCACAGGGAGGAGGGCCAGGCAUGGGCUCUUCGUCAUCAACAUGGAGUACGGCAGAAACUUCUCCGGGCCCGACAAGGACGUCUUCUUUUACGACCGCUCCGUGGGGCACACGGAAGACGCGUGGCAGUCGAACUUCCUCCAUCCCGUCAUCUACUACUACAGGCACCUCCCCACCGAGCAGGAGGUGAGGUUCCGGCCUGCCAACUGGCCGCUGCCUCGGCCCACAGCCAUCCACCACAUCGUGGAAGAUUUCUUGACGGACUGGACCGCGCCGGUGGGGCACAUCUUACCUCUGAGGCGCUUCCUGGAGAACUGUUUGGACACGGAUCUGCGAAGCUUCUAUGCAGAGUCCUGCUUCCUGUUUGCCCUGACGCACCAGAAGCUGCCCCCCUUCUGCCAGCAGGGGUACCUGAGAACGCAGGGGCUUGUGGGAACCGAGAGCCUCCGACGGCGUGGAGCAGAGCGCGGGCUCCCGCAGGACGAUGCCUCCAUGGGCAGCCACCUUGAGGACGGGCGCCGGGGGCCCGAGGGUGGCCCCCGGGCCCCAGGGCCUCCGCUCCAGCCCCUCAACAGCAACAAGGAAGAGCUGUGACAGCCAGGCUUCCCCACCCAGGCCCACAGCCGGCGCCUCUGUCCCGCCACUGUGGUUGCCGGGCCACUCAGAUGGUCACAGUGACCAAGGCCAUACGGAGAGGGCGUGUCAGGGCUGAGGGAGGCCGGCCAGCCGUCUCCCCUCCGGUCUGGUCCCUGGCUGCCCGGGAGGUGGGGUCCGGAGAAAAAGCCUUAAGGGUUUGUGGCAGGCACUUUAAAGCAGACACUCUAAUGUCCUCAGCCAUCUCGCGCAGGUGGGACUGUCACCCCUGAUGAAGCUAUUAGCCCAGAGUGGGUAGGCGACUCCUAGGAGUCCCUGUCCGGGGAGCCCUGAGGUCUGCUCCGCUCUGCCCACCUCACCACUCCGCCGCUCCCUGCCCCUGCCUCUGUUCCCAGAACCCAGGGGCGCCCUGCCCAGCUUAUCAGCCUGGGCCCAGCCACUGUCACCAGCGCAGAAGGGACAGCUCCUGCAAAGCCACCUUAUCUAAACAGGCUUCUCCCUGAGCAGCAGGACUCAGAGCUGCGUCCGCCCCCAGACCACACUCCCUGACUUAUCUUCAACCUCUGCAUUCUCUUCUCUUUCCUCCUACUGGCCCCGUGCCCUUGGCCUUGCCCGUGCCCCGCCCCUGCCCUCUGGCACCCGGAACAACGCGCUGCCUCAGACCUGCCUGAGCCGGUUUCGCUGAACCAUCAGCACCCUGUCUUCCCAGUGAGGACCCAUUCUGAGGUGGUUCGCCUGCCGUGUGUACGGAGCCUGGCUCACCCAGGAGGCCUUUCCAACCGCAUUUGUACAAUGACACCAGCGUGGUUACCUUCUGGUCCCCUUUGCCGCCCGCGCUCUUCUGCCUCGCCGGAAAUCUGUUCCCUUCCUGCGCUCCCGUCAGGCCUUUUCGUCCCAUUUAGGACUAGGCCGUGGAAAGGAAACCGUUUGUACAUACAGUAAUCAUGGUGAUUUUUUCAAAGCUCAGGCCCCUAGAUGAUAGCUUUUUCGCUGGUUUGUACUAGUCCGUGCUUGCACUCCGGAUUCAAGGGACACGGGCUUUCUGGAUCCGCAGCCAUCUUCUGGAAACACCCUCUUCCUCUCUUAGUUCCACCGUCCGGCCUGCUGCCUGUCUGCUGACGCCUCUCCCUCCAGUCCUGUGCAGCUACAGCAGUGACACUCGGCAGCCUGAGCCUGGAGGGGAGGUGCUUUCCUGGGACCAUACCUGACAUUCGCCCAGGGCUGAAACGUCUAAGGAUCCCUCUCUAACCCCAGGGGGUUUGCCGUAUUUCAUACAAAUUCCAUGUAAACCAGAUUGGGUCCCGUCAGCCCGCCCACCCUUUCCCAAAACCUUUUGUAAAACAAAUCCUGUAAUUAGGACUGUUCCCGUAAAGUCACGCUGCUCGUCACACCUACCCAGUUAGUUACCGACGGUGGCUAAGCAGCUUGUGCCAAUAAAAGUUCAAGGUGCUUCAACAGACGAUUCACUGACGCCUAACUAUGUGACAUCUGCUGCUUUCUGCCAUCAUCUGCCGGGUCGUUAAUGCUGUCAGAAUUUCAGCCAGCCUCGUUUGUGUUUCGUAAGAUAUGGUUUCGUGGGUUAGCUGAUUAGAGACGCCUUCUCUGGUAUUCUUGUGAAACUGAUCAGUAAUUUGGAAAAGAAAAUAAAUCUCAUUUCA